AAAGACAGAUUUAAGACAGCCAUCCUGACCACCUCACAUUUGUGUAACCCGGCAUAGAGUGCAUUUUCUGUCAGACGUGAAGCUCGUGCGAAUUUAAAUUAAGUUUCUGAAUUUGUGGGCAGAAUUAGAUCCCAAAAGAAGCCACUAUUGUAAGAUUUGAGUUUUGGCCUGACUAAAUACUCCAACAGUUUCUAUGUUAAUGUUUAAAGGUUGAAUUCUAGCAGUAAAAAAAUCAAAAAUGUUCAUUAUACCUUCCAUCAUUUUACUGUUAUACCCUCUACUAUUUUCCUGAUGUGGAAUCGAUCCGCAGUGUUACUCAGAUAGCACAGUAGUCCGCCUGAUUGUUAGCUGUCUUUCAGUGAUUUCAGCAUAUUAAUCUAAUCAUUUCUACAGGUUGUGUAUUUUCUGCCUAUUAUUUUGUGAUAUUCAGUCGAAGUCAGGAUUUAAUCUCGUCCCUCGGGGGAGGAAGUCCACAGUGCUCCGAAAAUAUCACUGUUUUGAGCUCUGGGAGUUAGCGUCCUCAGAGACAGGCUGUGGUCCUGACGGUCGGGCCUGCAGGUGCCUCUGUCGGCCCCACCUGCCUCCCUCACACGGAAGAGCAGCCGCAGCUCAGCGGUGACAACAUUCCUGAACACGACAGAGCGCUCAGCACGUCCUGACUGCUAAUGCUCACUUUAUUUCAGAGAAAAUGUCGUUUUGGGUCUUGAAUUCACCUCAGCUGCUGUCUGGACUGUGGUGUGAUGUGCUGUGAAACGCGACGACAUGACGGUGUGGGGGAGUUUGAGCUUCGUCCGCGGAGUAACGCUGUGCGCCGCGGUGCUUUCUGUGAUUCGCUGUGAUGUCUCCAAACACACCACUGACUCACCGUCACCUGCUUUGGACAGGAGUCAGCAUGGGGAUUUAGUGCAGUUUGGUUCGGCGCCUGAUACAGCUGCAGCGGAAUCCAGUGUGCAGGUGAAGUACAAAUGUACCAAAGCCUGUAGAGUAGGGGUUGAGGUUGUGCUGUCCACUACAAGAACCAUUGGAUUUGUGAGCUUCAGGAGAACAUGGACCCAUGUCCGGAAGGUUGGAGAGACAAGGACAAAAACGAUUCAGCUUGCAUUUCCUCCAGCUUUGGUAUACAAAAGAGACUUUUUCAUUAGGCGGCCCAUGGAUGCCCACAAUGUGAUGGUCAGGGCCUGGCUGGUCCGUCUGGAUGAAGAAGGAGGGGGUAGCAGUAAUAUUGGAAUUGGUCAAUAUCAUCAAUCAAUAGUCAGAACGUUUAAGUUCCUGCAGGUGGUGCCACUUUCUGAGCGUCCCACCCAACCAUGGACCAGAUCAGUGGCAUGGGGGGCGGAGCUAAUGUGGAAUGUGACCAAAGACAGAAUAGAACAAUGCUCUCCAGAGUCAGAUGUUGUGGAUCUGCUGGUGUUCCCCUUUGCAAGCACUGGAGAGAAAUAUGGAGUCAUCCGUACGUUUUCCACCUUCAUCAACAGAGAGCUGGAGACUGCACGCUUCCGCGCUAAAGAACAGCCCAGAGUGGCCCUGUCGGUGUGGUUGUACCUGCUGGACUGGUGCAGCCAAAAGUUCUGUGCAAUCCUCAGACACGUCAACGAGCACAGGAAGUAUGGCACGCCUCUCGUAAUGCUGACAGACUCUGGUGAGGUGGUGGUGCAGAUGCGUUUGGUCUCCAGAGACGAAAAAGCAUUUACAGCUCACACACCUCUGCCUCUGCGGACCUGGAUCCGACUGGACCUCUUUAUCAACGACUCAAAGGCAAAACUCAGAAUUACACAUGAAAAGCCUACAGGAGACGUGGCGGAGGCACAACACACAUAUGAGUUUCAGAAUGCUGUUCUGCAUAAUGACACUUCAGGAUACUUUGUGAUUGGUGGUGACAUCUACAUGCCAGGCAUACUUGGAUAUUUUGGACCAAUCAAAUAUCAUCGUUUAGGUGCUGAACAGGUGGUAAAUCCUCUGUCUCCAGUGAGGACCCUGAAGCUGCUGGAUGAAGCCCACACGAAAUGUGAGGAGAUGAGAUGGGUCACUUCAGGCUUUCUAUAUGCUCUAGCAGAUGGCCGAGUCAGACACAACAAUGAUGUGUGUGAGUCGUAUUAUGAGGGGCUAAGGAGGACGUUUGCUCCGCCGAGGUGCAUACAGACGUGGUCCUGGGAUCAGCAGGUCAAAUACAGCGCUGUACUGAAGAUUCUCAGAAUGCAGGAAAAAGAACUGAACUUGGACCCGUGGAGCAGCAGAAGAAUUUUGCUCUUGAGUCAGCAGCUCUUCCAGGACGUGGUCAUGGGGUUAGGUGAAAUAGGAGGUGAUGGUGUUGGGCCGGAGGUUGUGUCUUCUCUUUUGGAGCUGCUGCAGGUGUGCUCCUGCUGGGGUCAUCACCAGGCCUCCCUCAUGCUCGCCACUUUACACCUAGCUGGCCUCGGGCUGCCAGUGGACCAGGAGAAGGGUCAUGUGUACAGCCUGAUGGGAGGUUUAGGAGACGAGCGUCUGUCUCUGCUUCAUCUGGGCUAUAAGCACAUGCAGGGUCUGGACGGCUUUCCUAAGGACCAGGACGUUGCGUAUGGUUACUACGCCAACGUGGGCCGACAGACCAGCAUCGAUCGAGAUAAAGUCCAGGACUCUGAGCAAUCCAUUACUGAACAUGUGCGUGUGACAAAUGUGGAGGAGCUGCAGAUGCAGACGGGGGAGGAGGGGGAUAUUGUGCAGUUCAUUAGACUGCAGGCUGAGAGGGGACACAUCGAGUCUCAGAAAACACUGGCGCGGAUGUUGUUCUGGGGCAGUAAUGGUGUGACGAAGAACAUCAGUGAAGCAGUGAAGUGGUAUGCUAGGAGUGCCCUGCAGAUGACUGAUGCUACAGCCAUGUACGACUAUGGUAUCCUCCUGCUGAAGGGAACUGCAGUGAAGAAGAACCGAACACUGGGAUUAAAGUUCUUGCAGAAGGCAGCUCACAUGGGAGCCGUGACUGCUCUGAAUGGUCUGGGUUGGUACUACAGCACUAUAGGGAAAGAUGACAGAAAAGCAGUGUACUACUUUGAGAUGGCAGCUCAAAAUGGCAGCAAGGAUGGGGUGUUCAACCUGGGCGUUUAUCACCUGAAUGGGGCCAAUCCAGACACACCUGGGAAGAAUGAGACAGCAGCAUUUCAGUGUUUCCUGAAGGCUGGUCAACUGGGGCAUGUGGAGGGGGCAGUGGAGGCGGCAUCGUCUCUCUCCAGAGGAAUGCUGGCAGGAGUUCGCAGAGACCCUGAGAGAGCUGUGAUUCUGCUGAAGGAGGUCACUGAAAAAAAUGGCCACUUGGGCUUCACAGUCCGAGAAGCUCUGAAAGCUUAUCAGCGAGGAUCAUGGGAUGAGGCUCUGCUCAAAUACGCCAUGCUGGCAGAGACUGGUCUCGUUGUGGCGCAGAACAAUGCUGCCCACCUCUGUGAGGUGCUGAAGCACGGUUCUACCUGCCAGUGGAGGUAUCAUAACUACUCCACCCAUAACUACGCUUCUCAUGAAUCUGGUCUCUUGAAGAUGGGAGAUCACUACAGUGCUGUAGGUGACAUGGUCAAGGCUAUAGCCCUGUACAGCAGAGCAGCGCUACAGGGCAGUCCUCAGGGAAUGUAUAAUCUGGCAGUUUUGACUGAAGAAGGAUACAGUGUCCCCUGGAAUAUUCUGAAGCAGAUGCAGAUUCCCGCUGAGGCUCAGCUGGACAAGAGCACUGUGGUGGAGAGUCUCUUACUAAGAUGCAGGGAGUUUGAGAGAGAAAAGGAUGACAUGAGUCCAUGCGCUCUGGCUCUGUUUGGGGUGCAGGUGAGAAAAGCAUGGCGGGAUUUCACUCACAGCACCACGCAGCUGACCCUGGCCUGGGGGACCCUCGCAGUUCUCCUCCUGUUUGUGCUGGGCAUUGUGAUACAAAGUGCUCUCUCCUACUACUCUGCAGUUCACAUGGGCAGACUUGAGAGGCAGAGGGAAUCAGAUGCUAUCAAUCAAGUGAAUUGGGAAAGAGUCCUGGAUGCACCUGCCCAUCAAAGAGGACUUCAAGUUCCCUCAGUUCUCACACAUUUGGAACAGAAUGGCCGACCCAGUAUGAUCCAGAACAGCCGACCACUGCGGGAAGCAGCUGACCUGGUGAUUACAGUGACUGGAGUGUGCGUGUGCGCCCUCUGUACGAUGUUUAUCUCUCAUCUGUUUUGAAUGAAGGGGACACACAAUGGUGUGAAACUACAGAAGAAAACAGCUUUAUACAGUGAAACUUGAAGGUCAGAGUCCUCUCAAUGUGAGGAGAUACAGCUAGAAGUGCUCACCAGCAUAGGCAGAGUUUGGGUUCUGUGCUGUGGGGGCAUUGAAUGUUUAUCUUUUAUGCACAGAUACUAUUAAAAAAAUUAGGUGCAGAAAGAGUUCUUUGUUGCGACGCCAUAGAAGAACCACUUUUGGUUCCCAAAAAAACGCUCUGGAUAAAUUUUCACAUUUUUAGAAUCUUUAAAGGAUUAUUUUUGUAAAUGGGAACGUAUAAGUGUGAGGAACCUUUUUUAAGUUUAACGAGACUUCACAAAAUGUAAAGGUUUUAUACUAAAACUAAAGUUUUUUCCUAGAACUGUACAUCCAAGCCAAGAACUACUAAGGAACCUGUAUAUUCUUAACACCAAGACUGAUGACAUUGCCUUUACAGACAUUUUGCACUGUGCUUUUAUCAGAAUUUUACACCAGAUUGUUAUUAUUUUGUAUUUCUUCCCAAUAUAUUUAUGGCCAAACCCCACCCACUAGUUAGUUCUCCCCUCCUUCAAACAGUGCUUCUAAGCUGGGAGGGUGAAGACUAGCACAAGCUUCCUCCAAGACAUGUGAAGCACUUCUGCAUCUUUUCAAACUGCCACUCAACACGCUUGGAGGAGAACGCUAACUGCAAAUUCUGUUACAUCAGUUAACAGACGCCCACGUUUGCUCACAUCACUCUGAGUGACGGGGGAGAGAAAGAAGGCGAGGCCAUGCUACCUCCAGUUCUCUUAGACUCUCGGCAACAGAUGACUGUGGCAUCACUGGAGAUCAGACUCGCAGUCUUUCCACAUUGGCUACCAGUGCUUAGAUGGUUACACCAAAAGACACCAAUUUAUUUUGCCAAGCUAUAUUGACAAGUCUGUGUACUGGAACAAUUAGUUUAGAUUUAUGUCUAGAUUUACAUAGACUUCUCAGUAUAGCUUUACAGAAUUAUCUAGAUUACAGAAUUAUGCCAUUCUUUUAUAUAAAAAGUAUGCAUUUUAUUAUUUUCAUGUUUUAUUAUUUUCAUUUGUGUUGAUUGUAACAUAAUAUUGCACUUCCAGCUCUGGCCAGUAAGGGGUACAGUUUUUCUGCCUAUACUCAGUCGCCUAGUGUUCAUCAAAUCCACUCGUGGGAAGAGACAACAGUUCACAGUUUAGUGCUUUUCCUGCUCUCCCACACCUGAGAUACCAUCACAGCUGAUUAACAAACCUUUCCUAAAUUCAGUCAGUUGUGUUGGAGCAAGUAAACACUGAACUGUGCUGUGCUGAGGACCUACAGAUGUUAGUUUGAGUAUUACAGCAUUAGGCCCUGACUUCAAAAUGCACAUUUAAGUCAACCUAAAAGGAGUAAAAAUCAAAUUGACACAGUUAUCAUGACCCCAAUAGUGGAACAGCCAAGACAUGUUUGGAGUCCAAAUUUUGCUCCCUUAAGUUUAGAACAGGAGCUACAAGGCUUACAUUGCUAACAAACAGCAGGGUCUGUAAUCACACUACUACAGGAGUAAGAGUGCAGAUCUGUCAAUGUUUGUGAAAAUGACCAUUAUACAUAUAGAGAUGUGAGUCCUAAUUCAUCCCAGCCUGUGGUUUGAGUGGGUCGUUGUUGAGUUUUGAUGUAUUUUUAUGAGAACAUUUCCAUCUGUUUGGGUGACUAUUGAGUUCUAGUGUUUGUUAGCAUUGUUAGCCUUGCAGCUCCAGUUCUAAACUAAAGUACAAGAUUUGCACACUAAACAUACACCAAACCUACAUCUGCGGUAAGUGGAAAAUUGUUUACAUCUUUUUUAUUUUUGCUGCACUGUUUCUUCAAGUGAAUGUUGUACUGUUCAAUUAUACGGGAUUCAGCUGUUGAAGAUCAAGACAGGAUUUGUCCACUGAUUCUAUAAAUGAUCUUUUAGAAGCAGAAAUAAAACAUGUGGAUGUACACUUUA